CUCUCUUUUUUUUUUCUUCUUUUCUUCGCUUCGCCCGCAAAAGGAUCAACCUACUGACAACAAUGGCUUCUGUUGCGCGCCUUCUCUCGCGUCGCUCGACGACUUUCUUGAGCAAAACCGCCGCGGCUUCGGCUGCUCGUCCUGCACACACGGCCUUCUCGCCUCUCUCCCUCCGGAGCAAACCUACGUUUGCUAGGUUCAUGUCCACCCAGGAGAGGGAGCGUGUCAUCGAAUCCGGCUCAAGCAGCUCUUCCACGCACCACCACCACCUCGACCCUGACCUGGUCGGCGCCACUAUGCCCAUCAGAUCGACCAUCUCCGAGGACGUCGAGAUUGACGACGGCGUCGAUGUCACCUCUCGCCACUUUACUGUCAAUUUCGGACCUCAGCAUCCCGCCGCUCACGGUGUGUUGCGUUUGAUUCUGGAGUUGGAGGGAGAGGAGAUCCUCCGCUGCGAUCCCCACGUCGGUCUUUUGCACCGAGGUACCGAGAAGCUGAUCGAGUACAAGACAUACCUCCAAGCCCUUCCUUACUUCGAUCGUCUCGACUACUGCUCGAUGAUGGUCAACGAGCAGGCUUACUCUCUGGCUGUCGAAAAGCUGCUGAACAUUGAGGUCCCACUUCGCGCCAAGUACAUCCGCACUAUGUUUGCCGAAAUCACUCGUGUCAUGAACCACUGUAUGUCCGUCAUGUCACAUAUUAUGGACGUCGGAGCCUUGACCCCCUUCUUGUGGAUGUUCGAGGAGCGUGAAAAGCUGAUCGAGUUUUACGAGCGUGUUUCUGGAGCCCGUAUGCAUGCUGCCUAUAUCCGUCCCGGCGGUGUCUCGCUCGAUAUCCCCAGGGGCUUGUUGGAGGAUAUCCAUGUUUGGGCUGAUCAGUUCGGACAGCGCAUGGAUGAGGCUGAGGAGUUGAUCACUGGAAACCGUAUCUGGCAGGGUCGUACCGUCGGUGUCGGUCGCGUUACUGCCAAGGAAGCCCUCGACUGGGGCUUCUCCGGUGUCAUGUUGCGUGGAUCGGGAGUCAACUGGGAUUUGCGCAAGGUCCAGCCUUAUGAUGCUUAUGAUCUCGUCGACUUUGAUGUCCCCGUUGGAAGCAAGGGAGACUGCUUCGACCGUUAUCUCUGCCGUAUGGAGGAGAUGCGUCAGUCGCUCCGCAUUAUUCAUCAGUGCAUUAACGACAUGCCCCCUGGCCCUGUCCGUGUCGACGACCUUAAGAUCUCGCCCCCUCGCCGUGCCGAUAUGAAGGACAACAUGGAGGCCUUGAUCCAUCACUUCAAAUUGUACUCUGAGGGUUACUCUGUUCCUCCCGGUGAGACCUACACCGUCGUCGAGGCUCCCAAGGGAGAAUUCGGCGUCCACCUCGUCUCUGAUGGCAGCAACCGUCCUUACCGCUGCAAGAUCCGUGCUCCAGGAUUCGCUCACUUGGCUGGUCUGGAUUUCAUGGCCAAGGGCCACUUUAUUCCUGACGUUGUCACCAUGAUUGGAACCAUGGAUAUUGUGUUCGGAGAAGUCGACCGUUAAAGGGCUGUUAAUGAAGAGAGAUGAGCGCAGAGAUGAUACUACCGCAGUGAAGAGUGAAUUACAUGAGCUGGAUGCAUUUUUUUCUUUCCCUUCUUUUGCACCAACAUACGACCUGGGAUUAGAAUGCCUCUUUCUUGUUUUCUUUUUUUUUGCACGAUGCCAAACUUUUUCUUAGAAUAAAAUCAUAUCG